AUGUUCGAUGAAUACGAUACGCUGGCAGAUUCGGACGUCAUUGGCGUCUUACGCCAGCAAUUACCGCCGCAACUUCAAGAAGUAGACUCCAUUGAGGGGCUUCUAGAAUAUGGUAUAACCGCUGUAAAGGCAGAGCGUGAUAAAACGGUGGCUAAAAUCAUCGCUACCAAGCAACUUUUGGCAAAUAUCAAGCUAUUAAGUAAACUUGAAGAUGGAGUACGCGCAUAUGUGGAUGCUGGGAACGAUAUUUUCCUCCCAGCACGACUGCAAGAUCGACGUAUACUAGUGGAUAUAGGAUAUCAAUUUUAUGUAGCCAUGGACUCUCAAGAAGCUGAAACGUUUCUAAAUGAAAGGUUAAAGUUGCUAGAACGUAAUGUCGACACACUUAAUGCCAAAGUAGCAGAACAACGAGCACAAGCAUUUAUCAUAGCCGAAACGCUAUGCACUAUGUCAACAGCAGGAUUUAAUUCAUAG